GAUCUGGCGCGUCGAGAAAGCCUCUAUGGUUCUUCUCCGGUUUGUGAGGGGGGAAAUGGCCGCUGUGCAGCUGCAACGGAGAUAAGUGCCGGGAUCCGCGUUCGGCCCGUCAGGAAUUGGGAUUUAGACUUUAAAUUUUGGAGAACAUUGUCUCCAGGAGGAAUUUUACAGUGUUUCAACGACAUCACUUGACUACUCGUUACUUAUCAGAACCCAAGUAGGAAUAAUCCACUGGAAGAAAUGGGUCGUUCCAACUCUAGAUCACAUUCUUCAAGGUCAAAGUCCAGAUCACAAUCUAGUUCCAGAUCAAGGUCCAGAUCACAUUCUAGAAAGAAGAGAUACAGUUCUAGGUCCCGUUCCAGGACAUAUUCACGGUCUCGCAGUAGAGAUCGUGUUUAUUCUAGAGAUUAUCGUCGAGAUUACAGAAAUAAUAGAGGAAUGAGAAGGCCUUAUGGGUACAGAGGAAGGGGUAGAGGGUAUUAUCAAGGAGGUGGUGGUAGAUAUCAUCGAGGUGGCUAUAGACCUGUCUGGAAUAGAAGACACUCACGGAGCCCUAGACGGGGUCGUUCACGUUCCAGGAGUCCUAAACGAAGGUCCGUGUCUUCUCAGAGAUCUAGAAGCCGAUCUCGCCGGUCUUACAGAUCUUCCAGGUCUCCAAGGUCAUCUUCAUCUCGCUCAUCUUCCCCAUAUAGCAAAUCACCUGUCUCUUCAAAAAGACGAGGGUCUCUUGAAAAGCAGACCAAAAAAACUGAAGGGGCUCCCCAAGAAGAUAGCCCUUUGAAAAACAAAUCACAGGAUGAACAGAAAGAUACAUUUGAACAUGACCCCUCUGAACCCAUUGAUGAUUUUAAUAAAUCAUCAGCAGCAUCCGGUGACAUUUGGCCUGGUCUUUCAGCAUAUGAUAAUAGCCCAAGAUCACCCCAUAGCCCUUCUCCUAUUGCUACACCACCUAGUCAGAGUUCAUCUUGUUCAGAUGCUCCCAUGCUGAGCACAGCCCAUUCUGCAAAAAAUACUCCUUCUCAGCAUUCACAUUCCAUUCAGCAUAGUCCUGAGAGGUCUGGAUCUGGUUCCCUUGGAAAUGGUUCUAGUCGCUACAGCCCCUCUCAGAAUAGUCCUAUUCAUCAUAUACCUUCACGAAGAAGCCCUGCAAAGACAAUCCCACCACCGAAUGUUCCAAGGGAAGAAACUAGAAUACGUUCUUCAUUUUAUCCUGAUGGUGGAGAUCAGGAUACUGCAAAGACUGGAAAGUUUUUAAAAAGGUACACAGAUGAAGAGUCUAGAGUAUACCUGCUUGAUAGGGGUAAUACCAGGGAGAAAGAGGCCCCAAAGGAGAAAGGAACAGAAAAAGGGAGGGCAGAGGGAGAAUGGGAGGAUCAGGAAGCUUUAGAUUAUUUCAGUGAUAAAGAGGCUGGAAAACGAAAGUUUAAUGAUUCAGAAGGGGAUGACACAGAGGAGACAGAGGAUUAUAGACAGUUCAGGAAGUCUGUCCUGGCAGAUCAGGGUAAAAAUUUUGCUACUGCAUCUCACCGGAAUGCUGAGGAGGAAGGAACCAAGUACAAAUCUAAAGUUUCACUCAAGGGCAAUAGAGAAAGUGACGGAUUUAGAGAAGAAAAAAAUUAUAAACUUAAAGAGACUGGAUAUGUAGUGGAAAGGCCUAGCACUACAAAAGAUAAGCACAAGGAAGACGACAAAAGUUCUGAGAAAAUAAUGGUGAAGAAAGAAACUCAGUCACCUGAGCAGGUAAAGUCUGAAAAGCUCAAAGAACUCUUUGAUUACAGUCCCCCUCUACACAAGAAUCUGGAGGCGAGAGAAAAGUCUACCUUCAGAGAGGAGAGCCCACUUAGGAUCAAAAUGAUAGCCAGUGAUUCCCAUCGCCCUGAAGUCAAACUCAAAAUGGCACCUGUACCUCUUGAUGAUUCCAACAGACCUGCUUCCUUGACUAAAGACAGGCUGCUUGCUAGUACACUUGUCCAUUCUGUCAAGAAGGAACAAGAAUUCCGGUCCAUCUUUGACCACAUUAAGUUGCCACAGGCCAGCAAAAGCACUUCAGAGUCAUUUAUUCAGCACAUUGUGUCCUUGGUUCAUCAUGUUAAAGAGCAAUACUUCAAAUCAGCUACAAUGACCCUAAAUGAAAGGUUCACCUCAUAUCAGAAGGCUACCGAAGAACAUUGCACCCGCCAAAAAAGCCCAGAAAUACACAGGAGAAUUGACAUCUCUCCGAGUGCUCUGAGGAAGCAUACCCGCUUAUCAGGAGAAGAGAGAGUUUUUAAAGAAGAAAAUCAAAAGGGAGAUAAAAAAUUAAGGUGUGAUUCUGCCGAUCUUCGACAUGACAUUGAUCGUCGUAGAAAAGAAAGAAGUAAAGAACGGGGGGAUUCCAAGGGCUCCAGGGAAUCCAGUGGAUCCAGAAAGCAAGAAAAAACUUCUAAAGAUUACAAAGAAUACAAAUCUUACAAAGAUGACAGUAAACAUAAAAGCAGAGAGCAAGACCGUUCUCGAUCUUCAUCCUCUUCGUCAUCAUCUUCCUCAGCAAGCUCUCGAGAAGAAAAAGAAAGUAAGAAGGAAAGAGAAGAAGAGUUUAAAACCCACCAUGAACCAAAAGAAUAUUCAGGCUUUACAGGAGUCAGCCGACCCAGAGGAACUUUUUUUCGAAUUAGAGGCAGAGGAAGAGCCAGAGGAGUUUUUGCUGGGACAAAUACUGGUCCAAACAACUCAAAUACUACUUUUCAAAAGAGACCGAAGGAAGAGGAAUGGGAUCCAGAAUAUACCCCAAAGAGCAAGAAGUACUUCUUGCAUGACGACAGGGAUGAUGGUGUGGAUUAUUGGGCCAAAAGAGGAAGAGGCCGCGGUACUUUUCAACGUGGCAGAGGGCGGUUUAACUUCAAAAAAUCAGGUAGCAGUCCAAAAUGGACACAUGACAAAUACCAAGGGGAUGGGAUUGUUGAAGAUGAAGAAGAGACCAUGGAAAAUAAUGAAGAAAAGAAGGACAGACGCAAAGAAGAAAAGGUAGAAAAUUCCAACUUGUCAGUGAAUUGAAGAGCAGAUUUCCGCCAGUGUGGGCUAAGAGGGUGACAAUUUGCUAAAACUUACUAAAUCUAAUUUUGUAAACAGAGCUUGCUAUGGUUUAUAUAUGGUAUGUAGUUUCCCCCCACCGGCUCUGUUAAUCUUCACUUUCUGUGUUUUUUUUUAUUAUAGGAAUAGUAAAUCUGAAGUAAGAUUGCAACUGAGAGCAGAACUUGCACCUACCAUUUUUUUACGUGAUUUUUUUGUUUUCAAAAAAGAAUGUAAGCAUUUUACUUAAAUUUUACUGUUUGCAAGUAGUCUGUAGAAUUUUUGUUUUAAGUCUUUAAAUAUCUCAAUAAUAGUAGAGUGUAUGUUGAGGAUUGUACUGAAGCAAAGUAGAAAGUGGCUACGUACCAUAUUUGUAACUAUCAACUUCAAAAAAACCUUUUACUGUUUUUGUUAUAUGCAUUGUAAUUCUGCUUUGUCUAUAAGAUAUGGUCAAGUACAACUCUGUGAAAGUUCUGAUUUUUCCUUCCCCCGUUUGUCAGUGUUUUAUUCCAAAGUAAACUUUAGCGCUAUAAUACAAAUCCCUGAACAGAAAUUGUUUAUACAAAUUGUUAAUUAUUUUAACAAUACACAGCUGUUAGCAUCUUCCUUAAGUAGAACACGUUACACUGUAGGGUGAUCAGUUUUUGAAAUGUACUACAGAACAAAUUGUGUUGCUUUGGUGAACUAAUAAUAAGCAAGUUUAACACUACAGUGAAUAUUCUAAAAGGGGGAAAUAGCAUUUUUGCUCAGCCUAACAAUUGAGAAGUAGAAAAGGUAAGCACUUCUUGUUAUAUACAGGAUAUUAGAUAGUUUGAUGAAAUGGUUUUCUACUGAGAGCAAGGACUAAGUACAAAUAUAGGAAGGCUUUAGAGCCAUUCCUCUUUUGCUUCAAAAGUCACUGUUGGCACUCUUUGAGGACUGAUUCAUGGUCUUGGACAAUCAACUACUCUUUGAGGAACAAAAUUGGUCUGGAACUAACUAAUGUUAUAGUUAAAAUUCUACCUAAUUUGUACUAAGUUUAAAAACUCUUCAGUGCUCAUGUGAUGUGGCUGAUAGCUAGGAUAGGGAAGACCCUACAGAAAAAUUUUCAUGCAGAUGCUUGCAAAGCUGAAGUAUUUAAUGGAAAGAAAAUAUUCAUAUUUUACGUGAUUUAAAAAAGUGGAAUGUCUUAGAUUGAAAAAGAUCGGCUACAUAUUCAUUAGGCAGUAAGGGCAAACUAUUCACUAGAAGUGUUUUGAAUUAUUUGUUUUUCAAAUGUCACCAAUAAAAAGUUUUUGUCAGGAAGUUUGUUGCAGCAUCGACCCAGCUUGCAUUUGUUUUUGUUUUAGUUGCAGUUUGUAAAAUGGCUUUAUUAUUUUCUUUUCUGGAUUUUCUUCAGGCAGAUAAUCUGGCAACCGUAAUUGUCUUCUUCAUUAGUAUUUACAGCUUUAAAAGGAAUAAAAAUCUGAAAUAGUUAAAAUGAAAUGUUAAUUCAAACACUUAUAAUUGGGAAAAAAUAAAGGAAAUCCUUUUCACAGUUGAGAAGAAAACCAAAAUAGCUAUGCACAAGUAUAAAUACGGGUGCUCGCUAUUACGGUUAAGGCUCUGAAUAUCUUGAAAAUGAAAUCCUUACUUCUCUUCUGCCCUCAUUUGAUCAAUAUAUGAGUUUGUGGUACUGUCGUUUGCAGCAAUAGCGUUUGCUGAAAAGCUGGUUUAAAAAUGAAGUGGGGUUGGGAUGAGGGAAGAAAAAGUAAAUAUAUUUGGAAAAGCAAAAGAAAAUUUCAUUUAUGCAAGCUUCCCCUGGACUAAUUUGUCACCCUUAAAAUGCUUUUUAAAACAAGGAAAUACUUGUCAAAGCAAAAAUGCACAUCAUUGCCAUUAGUCAGGAAGUAACUCAAGCAGAAGUACCAUGUUAUAAAUGAGUUGAUCAUCUCAAGCAAACAACACAUUUUCUCGGACAAUUUAGUGUUCACUAGGUAAUUUGUUUGAACAUAUUUGCUACUCUUAGAAGGGACACUCACUAUACACUGCUGUACGUUUUUGUCUUUCACUGAAGAAAAUGAGUGCUUUUCUGUGGCAAUAAGCAAGAUAGGGCCCACAAGACCUUGUAGUUAAAGGCUAUCCUGGGAGCGUACAUCACAUCAGAUUUUGAAAGCAGAUACAUUGCUAUGUGUACAACAAAUUUUUGUUAAGUUGCUUCCCUAAUUAAGAGAGAAGAAUCCCAGAUGGGAUGCAAAUGCAUGUCUUUUCAGAAUCCAGAGUGAAGCACAGUGUGCAUUUUUUUUUCAGUCCACAAUUUAGCUUCAUACUUACUGACAUGUACACCAAAGCUAAAUUGCUCUUGUUAAGAAAUUGUCUAAUGUUUACAGUAGCAGGAAAUAUUAACCCUUUGGUACCUGCAUUGACAGACUUCCUUUUGCCCAGAGAAGGGAAACAAAAUGAACCAAAGGAUGUUUCCAGGAAGGAUUAAGAAAGCUGCUUAAUCACAAGAAGGCCAUGACUCAGUUCUUAGGUGUGUAUACCUUCCAGCAUCCUAGGAGUUUUACUUUUAAAUGCAAAAUAUAUUUUUUACAAUAUCAAACUGCUUUAAGGAGUCAUUAUUCCUUUUUGUCACAGUUUAAAUCAGUGUUGGGCAUUAAUUUGAGAAAAGUCUUCCCCAGUAAGGAUGGCUAUAUAAAUGGUUAGAUGACUCCAUUCAGUGUGAUGUAUAUUGCAAUAGGGACCCUUGUAAAUUGUCAUAUGCCAAUAAAAUGUCGUAAGUGGUAAUGUGUUAUUGUUUGAUUACCAUAA